GAAAAAAACAAGAAAUAGUGUGUGUCUGGCAAGAGUGAACCAUGGAUAGGAUCCUUUCUGGCAUCCUGGCCUCGGACAAGGCAGAGCCUGUCAAGAAGGCCUUGUUCCAGAAAAUAUCAAAUGCUGCAUCAAUGCCGCAAACGGUAGAAGUAGUCGUCAAAGUUCUUGAAAUCAGUGCCAGUAUGACAUUGGAUGGUAACUCAACCCUGGAAACAGAAAAUGGCAUCAACAUAUUCAAACUCUGGGCAAAAUAUAACCUUAACACAUUUGAAAUGUUUUUCACAGCAUCUUAUGUCCAUCAUUUGUUGAAUGAAGAAAUGGUGAACAAGUGUGCUGCCGUUAAGUUACUAAGAGAAAGUAUGACUCUCAUGCAGAACAAUGAAAAAAUAGAGCAACUCCAGUGUAUAAUCGCAGCUAAGUCGAUCAACUUCCUACGUUCUUACCCAGAUUUAGCAACGUUGUAUGAAUUUACCAAGUUUCUCGUCACAUUUCCAAACUGUGUUCCAAGGGGAGACCUCCGAGCUACAUUUUGUUCUGCUUAUAUCAAAGCUCUUCAUAAACUCGCAAUGCCACUAAAGUUUGAUGAAAUACCUGCAUACAUGACCAAUGUUGAGAGUCUGGCAAAGUUUCUAAAGUCUGUGUGGGAAUCGUCUACCCAGGAUGCUCUCUUCACGUCUCUUCAGACGAUCCUCGGAUUGAUAGCUACACCAGGUGACGAGAACCAAGAUGGAGAAGUCCCAAUGUCGCUUGUCGCGGUCGUCCAACUGCUACCAACGUCAAUGAUCAGUGAUGCAACUAAAGCAGUCUUGAAUGAUCGGUCACUGACAGAUGAGAACAUGAAGAUAGCUAUGAUGUGUAUGAUGCAGUGGAUGAGCUGGGUUACUGCCUCGCACAUCAACCAGUGGGUCUUGGCAUUUCUGAAAGGACUGGCUACUCUACAGCGGUAUUCAGUACUCGUGGAGAUCACAUUGUCUACAGUAGAACUGGUUUAUGAGAAGUUGUCGUUUCCCGUCGUACGAGAUGGCGCUAUGUCAGUCCUCUCCUACAUGUUGAUGAGCUAUCAGCACUGUCCUGAAGCUUUCCACAAGAUUGCUAGCCUGAUUCCGAACACGAUUCAAAAUCUACAACAGGAGAACACGCCAUCCAGUCGGAAAUGUAUGGAAAAUCUGGCUGAACUUGCUCACUGUCAGAUGUACCUUCACUCGGGCUUCCCUGACCUCUAUGACCCAAUCUUGGAGGAUAUAAAGGAAUAUGAUGCCCCAGCCCCAGAGGUCAUCCAAAGACACCUUGCUGAGAGUAAAUGGACAGCUCAGUGCAUUGAUGUGAUCACUAGUCCCUCCUCGGCUAGUGUGGUGAAGAAGUCUGAGACUGGAAAGAUUGGUUUGGUGAACCUGGGAAAUACAUGCUACAUGAACAGCGUUCUUCAAGCCUUGUACAUGUGUGAUGAUUUCAGAAGAGCAGUGCUGUCCAGUCCCAUCCAUCCGCAGAACAGAGUCUUACUCAAGUUACAGCAUUCCUUUGCUCAUCUUAAACUCUCUCAGAGGGCUGCCUACUCUCCUACAGCAUUCCUGAAUGCUUCUAGACCUCCGUGGUUCACUCAAGGCCACCAACAGGACUGCUCGGAAUAUCUGCGACAUCUGCUUGUGCUUCUUCAUGAACAGGAACAAGCCGCCAGAAAGGAGACCAGUCAUAAAGAGGAGAAAAUGGAGACAGAACAAUCAGAAACAAACAAGACUCUGAUUGAUAAAAUCUUCACGGGAAAGUUAGAGACAACGCAUUGCUGUCUGAAAUGUGGCAAACAUUCAUCCCGGACUGAAAGUUUCAUUGAUUUGUCGUUGCCCUUCCCUGAUACCAAGUGUGAUGAAGGUCUAACCAACGGUGCCGCAAAGGGAGAGAAAUUAGCUGGUGGCGACUCCUCUAGUUCUGUGCAUGAAGCAGCGGUGACAUCGUCCAGUCCUGCAAAUACUGACGUGAAGGAUUUGAAAGACAAAGGAGUGUGUCUAUCCAAAAUGGUUGAUUUCUUUCUGGCGCCGGAGACGUUGCAUGGGGAUAACUGUUAUCACUGUGAUCACUGUGAGAGUCUGCAAGAUGCUGAGAGGACUAUUCAAAUCACAGCAGCUCCUCAUUACCUCGUUUUGAGCUUGCUUCGAUUUUCUUAUGACGUAAAAAGUCAGUCGCGAUCAAAACUCCUAAAAGACGUCAAGUAUCCCAAGGUGCUGUACUUACCUGUGAUGACAGAGUACCCACAAUGCAAUGGCCAGUCCGCUACAAAAGCACCAAAAACUGUUGUUAAUCAUGAAAUGUACUGUUUAAAUGCUGUGAUAAUCCAUGCAGGACUUUCCUCUGAUUGUGGACAUUACUACAGCUAUGCGCGUCACCAGUAUCAGGGAGAGAUGAACAGUUCUGAAAUGGAUAUUGGUGAAACAAACAACGACGAACUGAAUGCCUCAUCUACUGAAAAAUGGUUCCUUUUCAAUGACAAUCGUGUUUCUUUCUCCAGCUAUGAGUCUUUCAGCAGUGUGACCAAGCGAUUCUCCCGGGACACUGCCUAUGUUCUGUUCUAUAAGAAAAUGACUAAGCCAGGCGAUCAUGCAGAGAAUGGCCAGCUGAAUGAGUGGACAGAGGCACCUAUCAGGAGGGAUUUGAAGGAAGCGGUGGAGCGGGACAAUAGAGCCUUCUUUGAGGAACAAGAACGAACCGCUAGGUUGAAGUCUCGUCAGAAGCGCUCAUCCAAUUUUGGUGCCUCACCUCCUUUCUUUCGUUACCCGGAUGACGAUAAGGGUGGACCGCCAGGAAGUUGUGGAGGAGGAGGAGGAUUUGGAGGUCUCAACAAUGAUGGGCCGCGAUUUGUCUUCUAGAAUCUUGACCUCAACGACUUGUGCAAGGUUUGCAUAUCUGACAGUGGGGCAAAAGAAUUGGCUGGAGUAUCGUGUGAAGCCAGGAAAUAGGAUAAUGGACAUUCGUUAUGCAUGGACAAUUGCUUGCAUCUGAGGAGAUAGUAUUUAUUGUAGUUCAAAUAGAUUAACAGUUUCAUCUGUGAUUUCAAGAUUUUGUAAAUUUUUUGUUUGCAACGAAUCGAGUCAUUUCCUUGUCUUGGUUUACCCCAAGGAUGUCCAUGUGCUUUGUAAC